UCCAUAUCUCAUUCCUCUACAGCAUCCCUCUGUUGACUACAGGUCUCUCUCUGCUGCAGCCCUUGCUUCUCAGCCAAGAUGUUGGGACUCAAGGCCACAAUGGCAGUGAGUCAGCCCUGGGUCUGAGCUGCUGAUGUAGCGUUGCAGCAGGAUGACUGACAAGUCUGCCUUCUGGAUGUCCUUCCCAACCCUUUCUCUGCUUACACAGAUUAUUGACAACUCCGGAGGUCUGGUAGCAGAGUGCGUCAAUGUGCUACGGAAACCCACAUCGAGAGGUCUCGCAACCGUUGGCGACGAGAUUGUCGUCGUAAUCAAGAAGGCCCGUCCCAUCCCACUCAGUACCUCUUCCUCCUCGACAGCAACCAAGAUCCGUCGUGGCGAUGUGCGGCAUGCCGUUGUAGUUCGCACAAAGAAGGAACUGCAACGUCCAGACGGCCGAGUGGUGCGCUUUGAUGAUAAUGCCUGUGUCUUGUUGAAUAAUAGAAAGGAGCCAUUGGGGACCAGGAUCAGUGGGACGGUUGCGGCGGAACUUAGGGGAAGGGGAUGGAGUAAGGUCUUGAGUUUGGCGGCAAAGGUCGUGUGAUGGGUCGACGAAAGAGGGGAGGGAUCCAAGGCAGCUCUUUGAGCCUUCACCAUUGAUCGUUCACUGAG